GGUAUUUCUACUAUUUUUGGUUCGACUACUUUGACGCGUGCUGUUUUCCUUCCUCUUGGUAUAGUCUUAAUGUCAUGGAGGGAUAAGAACAUCCUUCAGUCCAUGCUCUUAGACAGUAUGCUCAUCAUGUAAACUGGUGUAUUGCUGGCCUUAUUACUGUGGUUGUCCAGUCUUCGACUUUGACACAAUAUUUACACAAAUUACAGCAAAGUAACAACACAGAUGAAGGGUCAACUGUGGUCAGGAUCAACCCGGGGAGUCCACACCCCUCUGUACCUGCCCAUCCAUGCCAAGUUUACUUUGCGGGUCCUGCUGGUUGUCAUUGCUGUGCUACUCCUGGGCAUUCUGGUCACUGUCUGGAACAUCUACCAGCUGCGCACAAUGCAGGAGACACACCUCAGUGGGUUCCACUCCAGUGUGGAAGGGAUCGGCACAUCUGGAGAGGAGGCUAAGCCAAUCCUGUGGCUGCAUGCAAAACGGAUCGAGUCUGGCUACCUGGAUCACAUACUGCGAGUCUUUGAGCGGAUUGGCUACAGGAGAGGGGGCCCCGACUCCGAUUGGGAUGUCCUGUGGGCGCAUGAUUACCCCUUCACAGAGCUGGCCAUGGAAAUAGGCAAAAUGAAACCGCACCAAAAGUUAAACCAUUUCCCAGGUACUGGCUUCAUCACACAGAAGGUCCACUUAGCCACUUCCAGCAUUGACUUUGUUCCUAAAGCUUUUAAACUACCUCAACAGAGUGAGGAGUUCAAAGCAUGGGCAUCUAAAAACCCUGACAAGCUGUGGGUGCAGAAGAGCAAUGCACACAGGGGCAUAAAGGUCAAGCCUAUAUCAGAGUUGGACCUCAGUGCAGCUAACAGCUUCAUUCAGGAGUUUAUUGACAAGCCUUUCCUUAUAGACGGCCGUAAGUUCGAUAUUGGUGUGUACAUCGUGGUGACCUCUGUUGACCCUCUGCGAAUCUACAUAGUUGACGACGAGACACUUGUCCGUUUCUGUUCCAAGGAUUAUCACCCAAUAGACUACAAUGUCGUAGACAAAUAUGUAAUUGGUGAUGAUUACACUCCGAUGUGGCAGAUGCCUUCCUUUGAAAAACUGUACAAUGAACAGCAUUAUUCGUUCAGGGAAUCCUUGAACUCAUACAUCAGAUCCCAAGGAUUGGAUUCAUCCCAGAUCUAUCCGCAGGUCUACAGUGCCAUCAGAAGUGUGUUUCUCAACAAAUACCCCCAGCUUUUAAAAAGCCUUAAUAAAUUCAAGCACAAAAAUACCUUUUUUGAGUUGAUGCGGUUUGACUUUGUUUUGGAUGAGAAGCUCAAACUCUUUUUAAUGGAGGUGAAUAUGUCGCCCAACCUUUCUUCCAACCACUUUUUGCCAAACAAGUACAUGUACGAGCAUGUGAUUUACAACAUAUUGAGUGUGGUGGGAAUAGCCAGGAAUGUGAAGGAUAAGAUUAAAGACAGUUCACAGGAUGCUCAAGCCAUGCAGGUCAGCGAAAAGCGUAUUCUUGUAAGAUCAGACAUCUGCGGCAGCCCAAAGUGCGCAACAUGCAUUUCAAGCGAAUGUGAGCUGUGUUUUAGAUGCUUGGUUCCAGAUCAGAUCACCAUGUUGGAAGAGGCCUAUCUUGAACACACACACCGCCAGAGCACUCGCAGAGUCUACCCAGAACCAAUGACACAAGAAGAGGCACGGACGUACCACAGGAGCAGAGAUUCAGACCUGACCCCGAGGAACCGCAUCCUGAGGGAGUGGUUCCGAGCCAAGUGCAUAGAGGAUGUGUACUGGUGCACAUGACAGUACUGUGAAUCAUUUGUGUAGUUCUGAUAAAUGGCUUAUUACAAGGUGAUGACUCGCUCUUUUGUGUAGGCUCCACCGCACACCUCUUGCCUUCCUUCAGAGGCUGGUGGUCAGAAACAGAUCCCUUAUUUUAGAAAUAGUAAUCUAAGGCAGACUGAUACUCUGGCUAAAAGUGUAGGAAAUAUCCAAAUAAAGUCUUUCACAACUCAAAAUGUAAUAACAAACCUAAUGAGUAUUUUCAAAUUUGUCUAUAUGUGUGCAUAUAAUGUACUUGAGUACUAUGCACAUUUUGCCCAUGGACUCAGUGACUUUGGUCUGUAACAGUAUUAUAAAUGCACAUGAUCUUGUAAUUGUGUUUAAUUUUUGUAGAAAAAUAAGACGUUUACACUGAAACUCUGGAAGGCUAGAGUAAGGUGUUCUUGAGUUAAUUUUGUUAUCACUAGAGAAUUUUUUUUAACAUGGGAAUGGUUCAGUUAAGGGUAGUAGAUAUUAAAGUCAUUAGCUUGUGCGGCUUUGUCUAACAUUACAUAAUCCAUUAUUUGCUGUGCCUGCGCAUGGCAGGGGUACACUUAUUAGCCUUGCAUCAAUGUUAGAGGCAGUAUAAUUUGUUUCCACUAGAUGAGCUUUGUUGUUACAGGGGUGAGAUUUCUCAUUUUUUUAACUGAUUUCAGCUUUUUUUGUUUUGGAUUUCAGCUUUUUUUCUCACUGGCUAUGUGCAAAAAUAUAAGAACUUUCCACAGUUCAGCUUCUUUAUGCCUUUUUCAGCUGUUUUCAGCUAUUUUUAUCAUUGGUCAAUCUCACCCCUGUUAUUAUGCAAUAGUAGUGUUAGGUUGUAAACUUACAAUGCAAAGUUAAUGUAAAACUCUUUAAAUGUAUUUGCUAUUUACCACAGUGUUUUUUAUUCAAAAUUUGUAACGGAUGGGAGUUUCAACAGCCACCAAUAAUGAUUGCUGAUGGUAUGAAUAACAAAAAGGCUGAUUUGCUAAAUGUUUGUGUACGUGAUUUUAUUUCAUCACAGGCCCCUGAUUAGUUUGAAAAUCUAAAUAUAUGCACAAUAUCAUUUACAGGCCUCUCUAAGGGUUCCAGGUUGUAGUAAUUUUGUUUUUAGUAAGUCAUAAAGGUUGUGUUGCCACCAUCACUCUAUAAAUGUAUGUGUGAAUGUAGUUCUGUAAAGAGCUGAUUAACUCAUGAAGUUUGAACAGUUUGCUCUUUUUCCCCUAUUAAAUGUUUGUUUUAGUAUACUUAGUUUCUUUUUAACACCCUUGGGGAAGCUGCUGUACAUGUUUUUUCCUAGUGCCCCAGCCCAUAAAAUAUGUAAAAAUGAGCACAUUAAUUUUCAGGAAAUAUAUUUGUGUUUUUAAAUGAUUAAAGCUUAAAAAGUUAGGUACUUGGCUUUGCAGAGAGACAUUAAAAAUAUGUUACCACCACAAAUCCAAAGAGGAAGCUUAUUUGGGGAGAGCAAACAGUGCCAUUGCCGUUUUAAAGAUAUGUACUUGUGAAAUAUAUUUAAAUGCAUGUAUAAUUUAUGUUAACUACACUGUGGCAACUGAGUCAUCCCAACUCCUCGUGGUUCCACUGUCCAAAGGCAGCCUUUUUCAAUGUGUUUGGAAAUGACUUGGUGCUAUAGCAAAAGAGCAGUAUUUGUUUCAUGCUAUAGUUUCUCUCCAAAUCCCUUCAAGGAUUGUUCUUGCCAAACGAAACUUUAAAAAUCCAGUGUUUUUGUUUCAUCAGUACACACAUUUUGUAACAGUAAGUUCAUGCCUUGAUAAUUUUGUCAAACAGUUCUAAAAAAAGUUAUCCUUGCAAACAGUUUUUAUCUUGAGAAAGUGGACUUGAAGCUGUUAACUUCCUCCCACACUCUAACUUUCAAGCCUCCGCAAUAGAAGAGUUUACUGGAAGAGCCCCCUUCCCCUUUCCAAAAGUUCCUCUCCCCUCGUGGAAAUUUUUUGAGAGAUGUAAGUUUAUUUUCGGAUAUAGGAAAAUACUUGACUGAGUUAAUACAGGUCAGUUUCACAAUUUUGAAGGCAUGCUAGUCAAUUCCAACCCUCAACUUUAAUAAUACAUGUAUGCAAAAUGUCAAUUUGACAAGUAGAGGCUGACUCAAAUUAGACCCUUUUUUAAUGGGAGGGGGAGGGGACUUCAGAAUGUAUUCAGUGUGUUGUGUGUCAUCAGUGCAAAUGUUUUCUUAGUUUUCUUUUGAUUUAAAUGGUGAAAUUUUGGUGCAUUUUUAGAAAUAUAUCUGGUUAUAGUACUAUGUUUUGAAAUAUCUGUUUUGCAACUGGACAAAGACGAGUCAUGUACAUUUAAAGAGAAAUGAAAUGAACAGUAAAUGUGUAAUAAAUGUCAAUCGACAUAAUACAUGUGCAGUGUA